AUUUUAUUUCCUUUUGGAUGGGUGGUAAUCAAGGACGUAUAUAAACACAUUUGUUUAUGGUGGUAAUACUGUAACCACCCAGGGUUGGUUACCCACUGAAGGGUUGGGUUUCAGGUGUGUCAUUCUGAACACUAGGGGUUGUAUUCCUCAUUAACGUAGGGCCUCACUAUUUGAACUGGUCAGCAUUUGAGGUGUAUCUGUUUGCAUGUGUGUGCAUUAGCUUCUCUUCAAAUGUUCCAGAUAUGUUCCCAUAAUGUAAUGUUGCCUUUGUGUGUCCUCAGUUCAGAGUGAGAGGCAUGAGCAGCCUAUAUGUUUGUGGAUGUGGGGGUUUUCAUAGUGAUGCUCACACUGACAUUGUAUAUCAGAGGCAGUGUCUCUUUAAAUGUUUGAUCAACUGUGCUGCUGAGAAUCCUGGCUACAGUCGGUUCCCUCUCACUAGGUCUGUGUGGGAUGCAUAUGGAGUGGUAUGAUAUCAGAGGCGACUGCAUAUUUUUAUAGUCUCAUAAUUCCUUGUCCCAGAAGGUUCCUGGCCUGCCACAGAGUCAAACACAGAGACUGUGUCCUCCAAAAUGUAAGUAAGCAGACUAGACAUGCAGUCACACAUUAGAGAGGAACAUGGAGGGCACAAGGGAGAGAUAAUGGGCUGUGUUACCCUUUUAAAGGAUUUGUAACUCAUGGCUCCACAGUCAAGGAGGAGCAAUUGGAGGGUAUGGGUUUACUGUUGUAGCUACCAAAAUGACUGUUAUCGGCUUCAAAGUGGCACUUUGAAAACUUUGCCUCUCUGUUUCAGGAACAAUUAGAAUUUACUCCAGGGAGCUGAAUAUGACUUUAACAAAAACAGCUAAAUGCAUUUCUACAGUUUUGCUAAAGUGCAUGGAAAGAGUGUGAGUGUAGGAGAGUGAAGAAAAUAUCAUGGUUAGUAACAAUUCUUGUGUUGGUGAAUUAUAAGAGCUGGUCGUUGGCUCAGAUCCAUAGACAGUCCGUCCCAUCUUCUGUGCUGUGUCUGGUGGUCAUGUGUUUGGCCAAGGAGACACACUGCCAUCUUAUCUUCCACAUGCUGAAUCAUGGUCAGAUCAGUUUUAUUCAAAUAAGACUGCAGAAAAUAGAGGGCGUCCGCGACACGUAUCCCUGAACCUGUCUCUCUGUCUGUCUCUCUGUGUAGGUGACCUCCUGUAAAGGACAGCAGCUCUCUCCAGGGUUUAUGGAAACCUGAUUUCUCAUCCGGCGGUGAAGUGCAUGAGGAACCCAGCUCUGCUGCUGACACAUUUAGAGUUUAGCCUGCUUUGCCACAACCAGGAAAAUGUCGGGGUCCUACGAUGAAUCUGCUGCUGCUGCUGACGACGCCAUGGACAGCUUUUGGGAGGUGGGGAACUACAAGCGUGCCGUCAAGCGGAUUGACGACGGCCACCGGCUCUGCAAUGACCUCAUGGGCUGCCUUCAGGAACGUGCCAAGAUUGAGAAGGCCUAUGGUGACCAGCUGACCGCCUGGUCCAAGAGAUGGAGACAGCUGAUCGAGAAAGGACCACAGUAUGGCACCGUGGAGAGGGCGUGGCUGGGUGUGAUGACCGAGGCUGAGAAGGUGAGUGAGCUGCACCAGGAGGUGAAGAACGGCCUGCUCAACGAAGACCUGGAGAAGGUCAAGAACUGGCAGAAGGAGGCGUACCACAAGCAGAUGAUCGGAGGCUUCAAGGAGGCCAAAGAGGCCGACGAGGGCUUCAAGAAGGCCCAGAAACCAUGGGCCAAGAAGCUCAAAGAGAUGGAGACUGCUAAGAAAACAUACCACAUGGCAUGUAAGGAGGAGAAACUGGCCGCCACCCGUGAGGCAGAUGGGAAGACACAGGCCUCCGUCACAACUGACCAGCAGAAGAAACUCCACGAGAAAACAGACAAGUGCAAACACGACGUUCAGAAGGCUAAGGAGAAGUAUGAGAAGUCUCUGUCAGAGCUGAGUGCUGUCACUCCCCCGUACCAGGAGAGCAUGGAGCAGGUGUUUGACCAGUGCCAGCAGCAUGAGGUCAAGAGACUCACCUUCCUCAAGGAGAUCCUGCUGGACAUCAAACGCCACCUCAAUCUCACUGAGAACCAAAGCUAUGGCACAGUUUACAGAGAACUGGAGCGCACCAUCCUGGGUGCCAACACACAGGAGGACCUGCAGUGGUUUAGCAACCACCAUGGCCCUGGCAUGCAUAUGAACUGGCCGAUGUUUGAGGAGUACAACCCAGAUGCUACUGCUGCUGUUGUUAAGAGGGAGAAGGUGCAGAAGCCGGCUGGGGCCCCACCGACCCCCAGCACUGACCAUGUGGCACCACCUGGAGACCGUGGCAGCAUCAGCGCUGAUCAUGUGGCACCACCUGGUGACCGUGGCAGUGUGAGCAGCUAUGAAAAGAACCAGGCCUACUCCACUGAGUGGUCCGAUGACGAUGCACCUGCAGCCUACUCAGGCGGUGAGACCAACGGGGGUGGAAAUGGAAACUCCUUCGAGGAAGACUCUGGCAGUGCAGGGAAAGGGGGUGCAGGGACCGGGACCGCAUCCGGGGUCCGAGUGCGUGCUCUAUAUGAUUAUGACGGACAGGAACAAGACGAACUCACCUUCAAAGCUGGUGAUGAACUGACCAAGACUGAGGAUGAAGAUGACCAAGGCUGGUGUAGAGGUCGCCUGGAUACAGGCCGAGAGGGACUGUACCCGGCCAAUUACGUCGAGGAGAUCUAAUGACCCCAAAGGAGGAGGACAUGCCAUUGGAGGCAGCUCGGACUGUCUCAUCCAAUCGCACUGCACAUAGCCAGAGACUUAUGAGCAACACAUCCCUUGCCCAACAGAUGCGCAAAUCAGAGUCUUGCCUAAAUAAAAUCUUAGUAUAUUAGUAGUAUAUUAUAUUAUAUUUAUCCAGUAUUUGGAGUGAGGAGGACAUAAACACUAAAACAGGAGCAGCAUUUAUUCCAGAGUACACACACUCAAACAUACUGUAAUAUCAAGCCAAUGCAGGGACACAUUUGUGUAGCUGUGUUCAAUAUAAAGAUGAUGCGGAUGAUUCAACGUUUUUGCAGUAUAUUCUCCUAUAACAGUGUGACGAUAAUGUAACCAAUUAUAUUUACCUGCCGGUUUAACCAGAACAAGCUACUCGGCCUGCGUUGUGUAUAUAUGACACCGUUUUGUGUAGCAGUUUCGAUGCUGUGUGUUCAGUCCUCCUCCUUACAUUGGGAAUGCUGUGUAGUGUUAAAAGUACCACAAAAUGUAUCCUAGAUUUGAUUAUUUUCUCUUUUGUGAUUUGGUCUCAUCCCUUUUACCAGUUGUGCAGUGGUACAGUAUCUGUUGUCUCUGUUUCUCAAUUGGUUUGCAAUAGCAGCAUGUGCUAUGCAACAUGCAUUCCCUUAACCUCCAAGCCAUAUUACGGCUACAAGAUGCAACUAAUCCCCUGAUAUGACCAAUGCAGAGGACCAGAGUUCACCAUUAGACACAGACACAGCAUUGGAAUAACACCAUGAGCUUGUGUCUGCCUUCAUCCCCGGAAGUGGAGAGGCUGGAUAGCUGUUUUUCUCUCUCUUCCCCAUCACCACCAUUGAAUCAUAACGUCUCAUUUCCAUUUCAUUGCGAGGUAUUUUUAGAAUAUCUGUUCAUUUGGAUCUAUUGCUGUGUUCUAUCUAGAAUACCUGUGAGGGAACAUUUUAGGGUCAGUAGGCAAGGUAUUAUCACCAGCUUGCUUUGAUUUAAUCUGUCAUGCUGACAAGAACGUUUUGGACAAUUUGAUUGUUCAGGUGAAGUAUUCAGGCAUAUUUAAUGUGAAUUUAGUUGUUUUCCUGCUGUAGGGGGAAAACAGCAUAUAGGAAAAAUGGCUUUGAACUAUGUUACUGUUCGAUGGUUGUCUCCUGGUAAAAUAGGAACAUCAAUCUUGACGGUACCAUGCUGCAGAUCCUUGUCUUAAAAUGGAAACGUGGACAUGAAUGUACUAUUGUAGGGGCAUGGAAGGAGACAUGCUGUAUUUAACUAGGCAUGUUUUGCUCCAUUGUCAUAGAGAACGCUACCAGAAAAAAAAAGUGGUUUUGAGCCCCUUUACCUACUUAGGCCAAAGAAUGACCGAAAUCCGAAAAUGCAUAAAACUCUCUCUAUCCAUGCAAUAACUCACAUAACCCUGUCAAGGAUUUUCUUGUCAAGAUGCAACUCAUGCAACUAACUGCUUCCUGUCCUCUGAAUAUUUCUGUGUUCAUUCAAUAGGCGAUCCACAUGGGGGAAGACAAGAGCAUUUUAUAUUUAUUUUUUAUUUAAUCUUUCUUUAACCAGGUAGGCCAGUUGCAUACAACAGUGACCACAGUACAUAAUAAAUCAUGUCUUUGUCUACAGUAAUUAACUCUACUUUAGAAUGCUCCCAGUAGUAUACUUCACAUGCUCACACCUAAUGCAGCACCCACUUUGAAUACACAUGUACUUUUACUGCUCUAAUUACAUUGGGAACCAGUUUAUAACAGCAAUAAGGCACCUCUGGGGUUUGUGGUAUAUGGCCAAUAUACCACGGCUAAGGUCUGUAUCCAGGCACUCCGAGUUGCCUCGUGCAUAAUAAAAGCCCUUAGCCGUGGUAUAUUGGCCAUAUACCACACCUCCUCGUGCCUUAUUGCUUAAAUAUACAGAAAACACUACAGUACUUGUUGAGAAAUCAAACUUAUCAGAUGUUGUCCGAUGCAAAUAUGGUUGCCAAUGGUAAGCUGUUUAAAUCAGAUAUGCAAUGAUGUUGUGAGAGCAGAAUGCUCAUGAACAUGAGGUUAUGCAGUAGGUCUCUCUUCAAGUUUGAUGUCGUAGAACAUUCUCUAACGACAGGAUGUGUUUAUGUUGAGGCUUAAGAGGAGACUUCACCAGGUUUUGGUAUCACUGUUGAGAGAUCACAUCACCAGCUCACAAGUAAUGUGUAUUAGUGUAAGCUGUCCAGCCUAGCAAAAAUAAUUCAUAUCAUUGAGAUAUCCUAUGUCCUUUACACACGCACACACACACACAGGAACACACACACACACAUCUCGGGUAGAUAUUUUGGGGUCAAACAUCCUUAUCAUCAUGAGUUGUGUAAUUGUAAAGAAAAAAAAAAGAAAAAAUGCAAGUGAUCGAAUACUAAGAAAAAUGUAGUGUCAUACAUGUAAAUGUGUUAACAGCAAAGGAAAAGCAUAUUAAGUAAUAGGUACCAUAUCGUAUGAAUUUCAUUGCAAUGGAAUUGUCAAUGUACCAGAGCGUGACGUUACCCCACGCUGUCAGAUUUGUAUAUGAUGAUGUAAUUUAAAGAUGAUAUUCUAUUGUAACUGUACAACUGUGUUGAGUUGGAAAGGAAACCUAACUACAUUGAGGCAGUAAAAACAGUGUAUAUGUAAAUGCUUUUUAAUGUUGAUUUUUCUCUUCCUUAUGCACACAAGGGGGACACGGCUCAUGUCGUGAAACCCCUGUAUUAGCAGUGUAUGUAUGUUUCUAGUUAGUGAUGUAAUUGGAUCUCCUAACUGGUGUAGUGCCUGUUCAUCUUAAUGUAACAAAAGGUUCAUUUAAAUAUGCAUAAAGAUGAUUAUGAUUAUGAUAAUAAUUAAGAUAGUAAUGAAAAUCCUGAAUCAAAGUUGUUGUGAUGGUGUCAAUAUUGCGAUAUUGGUUUGAAAGGGGAAAACAAGUUUGUUGAGAAUACAAACAAAACGUUUUGUGUCA